AUGAUAUUGGACUCUGAGGAAUCUUCUGCUGAUAAUAAUGAUUAUACUAUAGAUGAUUAUUAUAAAUUAGUUAAAACAUUACUUACACAUAGAAAUAUAAAAUUUAAUACAUCAAAUUUAAAUGAUCAUAAAUUAUUAAGAACAUUAGUUGAUUUUAAUUUAUCUCAUUCAUUAUUAUUAAAAAAUCAACAAAAAAGAGAGUUAGAAAUUGGAGAUUUAAUUGCAACCAAAAUAAAUUAUGUUGAUAGUUUAGUAACUAAAAUAAAAUCAAAUUCAAUAUAUAACAGGGCUCAAAAUAUUUUAUCAUCAACGGAAUCUACUAGUGGCUCAUUAACUAUACAAUAUAGUGGAUGUUUUAGAAAUAAAUUUAUUGAAUUUUGUCCUCAUUUUGCUUUGAGUUCUUAUUUAUUUAGUAGGUUUCAUAUACCUGAUGAAAAUGGAGCUUUUGAAUUUUCUUUAGGGGUAGAUUCAAAUAUAAAUGAUGCAAUAAAAAAAUUAUCAUUACUUGAUUUAAAAUUAUUAAAGGGUAAUAAUAAAUUAUCACCAAUUUCUUAUAGUCAACAACAUAAAUCUUCAAUAGCUGCUUUAAAUAUUGGUGGUUAUAAUUACAAAGAUAUAAAUUUAACAAAAUUAUUAACUGCUCAAGGUUUUGAUAUAAAUGAAAAAUUAUUAUCUAAUUCAAUUGAUAAAUUACCAAGUCAAAUUUUAUUACAAUUAUCUGGAUUUGAAAGUUUUCAAGAUUAUGAUAUUGUUAGAAAUUCAAUUGAACCUCCUAUUGAAUUAUUAAAUAAAAUUUUUCCAUUUAUAAAUGAAAAUGAAAAAGAAGGUGAAAAUAGUGAAGAUAUAACGGGAACAGGAGCAGGAUCAGGAUCAAUUGAAGAAAUUAAUCAAAUGAAAGAAUUAUUUUCAAUGUUGAGAAGAAGUCUUUGUCAAGAUAUGAUAAUUAUUAAAAAAAGAUAUCCAUCAAAUCCAAUAUCAAAAAGUGAAAUUUUCAAUUCAAUAGAAUUCAUAAAUUUUCUUAAUGAAAUUGAAAAAAAUGGUAAAUUAGAAACUUUAAUAAGAGAUACUUGUUUCAAUCCAAACGAUGAUGAAACAGAAAGUGAUUAUGAUGAAAAUUGGCCAUCUAUUUCUUCAUCAACAGAUUCUGAAACACGACAAAAAAUUUCAGAAAUUAUUGAAUUUCAAAAUUUAAAAUUAAAAACCCUUGAAAAUCAAUUAAUUCAUUUAACUCAACAACAAUCUCAAAAUCAAGAUAUGAUUUAUGAAUUUAUAAAAUCUCAAACAAAUAUUUUUCAAAAACAUAGUGAAAAUUUAACAAAAAUUCAAAAUUCAAUAAAUGGUUUAUUUAUAUUAAUGUCGUCAAAAAAUCCAAAUUCUUUAACUUUAGCCAAACAAAAUUUACAAGAAACUUCAAAUUUUAUCACAACAGAAGAAUCAAAAAAUAUUCAAUCAGGUAUUGUAAAUACUUUAGAUUUAUUAAAUCAAUUGAAUCAACAACAACAACAGCAGCAACAACAGCAACAACAAAUCUAUCAACAACAACAACAUUUACAAAGACAACAACUGUCACUGUCACGUUCUAAUCAACCAUCAUCAUUCACUUCACAAUCACAAUCACAACAAUCACAACAUUCACAACAGCCACCGCAUUCACAACAACAACAACAACAUAAUGUUCAACUGAGACAACAAAGUGAUAGUCUGCAUUCACAAAUAUCAUCUCAACGUUAUUCACAAUCAUCAUCUCAACCAAAAUCACAACUGGUCCUGCAACCUCAACCGGUACAACCACAACAAAUUGGUUUACCAUCAUUUAAUAGUCAACAAUAUGUUCAACAACAUCAACAACAACAACCGCAACAAUCAGGAGUUUUCAAUUAUCCACAGCCUCCUUCACAAAUCUUACCUCAAAUGAUACAACAUCAUUCAUUUCCAACUAAUCCAACUUCAACUUCAAUUAGUUCACCCUUUUAUGCCACAGCAUCACCACAUAUUCAUCAAGGAAGUCAAUCACAUCCACAUUCUCAUUCAGGUUAUUCUUUAUUACAGCAGCAACAAUCACAACAUCAACAACAACAACAAAUACCACCAACCUCAUCAUCAGUAUUACCACAAACACAUGAACAUCAUCCAUAUAAUAUAAUACGAAGGUCAAAUCUGUUAUCACCAAUUUCCAAACCAUCAUCACAAAUUCCUCAACAUCACCAACAACUACAACAACAACCUCCACAACAACAAUCAUCCUCAUCAUCAGAAAAGAAAUAUAAAUCAGCAAGAGAAUUAACAUUAGAGAAAAGAUUAUCAAGACAAGCAACAACAUUAUAUGAAAUGUGGGAUGAUUUUAAAAAUCUUGAAGAAGAAUUAAAAUUUCAAGAUAUUUCUAUAACAGAAUGGUUAAAAAUACAUGGAUCAUCAGAAAGACAAUUUAGACAUACAAGAUUAAAAAUUAUAAAAUUUAUUGAAGAAGAAAGUAUUAGAAGAAAUGUUAAUGUUGAAAUUAUAAAAGAAAAAUUACAUAAUAAAAUGAGAAAUAGAUUAAGACCUUGGACUUUAGAUGAAGUUCAAAGAAUGUUGACUUCAGGUAAAAGAAUUGAUUUAGAUGAUGAAAGAUGA